AAAAUGAUUCUGAAUAUUACUAUGAGAUGAUGGAAGAUGAUUUUGAAUAUUAUUGCAAUAAUGAUUUUAACUUAGAAACUGCAGAAAAUUCAGUAGUCUUAUCUGAAACUCCUUGUUUAACAGAAACUACUAAGUCUAGUAUCUAG